UUCAGUACACGGUUCAAGACGGCCGUUGAGUCUGUUGUCUGGAAUGCCUGAAUGUUUACGUGAAUAUUUUAAAUCUGUCUCAAAGUAUUCUGAUUUUUGGAGCGAGACACGACAUUUCAAGUCAAGUGUUCAGUAUAUAUGAAUCAGUGACUUGAGUUGAGGUGAUCGACAUGUGACAAGCAACAUUAAUAGAUGAGCCUGAAGCUCAUGAGACACUGGCACGACCAUCUGACCUCCACCACACCAUGACCUCCCAUAACCGUGCUUCCUUCAGCACUCGCUCCAUUGGCCAGGGUGACCUUGAUCUCCAGCCAGUGCGAGAGACCAAGAUGAGGGUGCUGAACGACAUUCCAAAGGAGCCUGUUGUUCCGCCCCCUCCUCCUCAAGUAAAGUUUAAUUUUGUUGAUGUGUCUUUUCCUGGACCACCUGAAAGGGAGUGUGAGGCCUCACAAAGCCAUCACAGAAGUGUCACCCAGAGCCCAAAGAAAAGGACUAAUGCUGCAAGUGAAAGGGAAAGAAGUAGCAAAGAUCAAGUUAGAUAUGACAAAGAAAAUUCCUUCUGUGGUCAAGCCCAAAGAAACAUGCAGAGAGACCGCCAAGAGUACUUGAGUAAGUUGCUGAGGAGAGGCGUGCCUGUGUGGGAAGAGGUGCCUGAGGAAGAAAGGGCAGCUAAGGUCAUUGGAGGCACAAACCCAUUUAGGCACCAUCCUUAUUCCAGCAGUCCACUGACAUCAAAUAUUACACACAGAAACACAAACAAACAGAAAUCAAGUAAAAUGCAAGCAGUGUGGGAGGAUGUGAAAGAUAGCUGCAAGAAUUCCUAUCCUUUGGAACACAAUAACACCUUCAUUGAUAGUCCAAGAGGGAGUACCAGUGAGGGUGAAGAAAUAUGCCUCAAGAGUAAAGCUGAAAGACUCAAUAAAAUAUUAAGAAAAAAUAGCCACGUUGUUCCGAAUACAGCACAUGACACUCCAUUUCAUCAUCAACCUGAGACCCUCUCUAGUCGUGAGGAUGGUCAGGGAGAAAACGUGAUGCUCUCAGAAGCUCCAUGUCAGGAAGAGGUUUCUCAGAUGCACCACACAAACCAGGAGCAUGUUGACGACACUUCAUGUCCCCAAGAGUCUCCUCAUCAAGAUAACCCAGAAAAUCUUGCAAGUCAGGAUAUUGCCCCUCCCAUACAAAGUGGACACUCCCUUCAUGAGAAUGAGAACCCUCAAGACAGUGCAUUAGUGAAUCAAGAGAGACCAUCAAGACCUGUCAUGAAGAAGAUAUAUGGUGGCAGAAUAGAUAAUGAUGUCAUUUCAAGUGUAAGCUGGUGGCCAGGAGACAAACUAUACAAGGAAAGAAACAAAAAUGAAGAGGAGGAGAAACAUGAGAAAGAGUCAACAAAAGAAAAGAAUGGCAAGAGAGAUUUGUCUACAUCUCAGGCUGAUGCCCAGAAGAAAAGGCAUGCUGUGGCUAGUCUGGAAGAGGUCGAAAAAUUAGAGAAGCCUCAACCCCGUGUAAGGCGCUAUGAAGUGAAUCAAGUGAGGAAGUACAUGAAGGAGAAGCAGUGUGAGCGCUCCAAGACCAUCAAGGAGCUACAGAAGAGACAGGAACAAGAGAAGAUUAAGAUAAAUGAGAGGAUGAAGGAAUUGGCCAUCAAAACCAAGCAGCUGUCACAGGCAAACAAAAAAAGCAACUACAGCUCAAAGACUGCUGAAGUAGUUAAUCAAAAACAGAAUCAGUUGGAGCAACAGUCUUUUAUAGACUGGAGCAGCCAGGCUGAUGCACACCCAUGGGUAUCAUCCCCCAAGCACAUACAAACACACCUGAAGGAGCAAAGCAUGUCUCCUGAUGCCUCUCACAACCCUAUUAGCAGAGCAGGAAAGUCAAUGAAGCAAGUUGAAACAGAAAGAGAAAUCAGCAAAGUUGCAGAAGUGUCUCAAAGCUUUGCUUUGGAUGAGAAAGAGAAGCUUGAGGACUUUAAUGUUAAGAAAAGGAGCAAAAAGGACAACAAAAGGAGAAAAAAGAGGCGGUCCUUGAGUGACAGUGAGGCCAUAAGUGACAUAGUGAGUCGCACUGUGGAGGAAUGUGAACGACAAGUGAAGUCCUCCAGUGUAUCAGUGGAAAGUUUAUCUUCAUUAUCCUCAUUUUCUUGUAGCUCGUCAGAUGUUGAGUCAAGGAGCAGUCAGUCUGAAUCUCUCAGCUCUGAUUUGGACUUGGCACCAAAGGAGCGGGCACUGGCAUUGGGCCAGCUGGCGCAGAAAUUGACAAGUAGAGUCACUCAGGAAACCAGUAAUUUAACUCACCGGGAAAAACAGAAUAAGGAUGUAACUACUACACCUCGUAAGGCAACAUCCACAAGUACUGAAAAGCAUGCAACGAGAAGAGCUUCAGUAAAAAGUUCCAACAUUAAAAAUUGUCCAAGAACAUCUCUCUCUCUUUCCCAGAUAGAAAAAAUGUCUGUGGAAGAACUGAUUGCCAAAAUGACUGCAAUGCUGCCAAAUAAAUUUUUGAAUGAAGGAAAGUCAAAUGUACCUCAAGCUGACCAUCAGGGCAUAAAUAGAAAUUUAGAAAAUCAGGAGUUUGAAUGCAAUACUCAAAAUAAAACUAGAAAUGAAAACAUGGCAUGUGGGCACACUCAAGACACCCCAGCAAGGGGAAGCAUGCAGGGAGUGCUAAUGGAACAGCUGCCCAAACUGGUUGUUCCAGAUGUUCCAAAGUUGAGAUUGUCAGGUGCAGAGAGGAAAGUAAAAGAACCACGUAAGAUUGCCCAACAUGAGGACCUUUCCAUGUUGCCAGGGCACAAUGUGGUGCAGUGUGGGAAGGAUCUCAAAUUUCAGACAGAUGAAGAGAAACAAGUGUUUGUGAAAAUGACACCCACCCACAGAUUGCAGCACAGGUAUGUGAUCCCUCAAUCUGAAAGUUAUCUGACAGGAAGACAGCUGGAUCAGUCGCACUUAUUGGGUAAUCCUUCUAGUAGAUAUCUGAAUAUUAGUAAAAAGAGAUUGGAGCAUGCUGCCACUGUCAUCCAGGCCACGUAUAGAGGCUAUCGAGUAAGGAAAAUUACAAAUGUAUUGAUAAGUCAGCAGACUCCUAGAAAAGUAAAGGAUGCCACUGAGAUUAAAUCUGUUGGAGGAGUGCCCAGCAGUGUUGUCCUAAGAUCUUAUAGGCUUUCCAAAAACAGUGUUGAGGGAAGUAAUGAUACAAGACACAAACUGCUGUCCAAAGAAGGAAGAGAACAGGUAAACUGGAAGGAAGUUCAGUCAGUACUUGAAAGCAAAACUUUAAAACCUCACAAGGAAUCUUAUUAUAUUUCCCAGAGAUCUGACUUGCCAAGAUGGAUUCAACCAUAUUUUGUGCUCAGUGAAACUGGAGAUGUAAAGAACUUCCUUGAAACACAAGCAGAUAAUUCAGGUGCAGAUGAAGGGGCUGAAAAUGAUAAAAGCAGCUGUAUGAUUAACUCUGAAAGUAGAGUUAUUGGCACCCAGAACCAUCCACAUUCAGAUUUUGAAAAGCCAAUGCAUAAUGUUACUUUAACAGAAGGACCAUUAUCAGAUUUAGAAAAAGAGACAGUUUCUUUUUUUAACAAAGAAACUCAGACCAGUUAUAAUAGAUACAUGAAUGUAGAAAGUAAGAGAAAUAUAGUACAAGAAGCCAAUGAAGCUGAAGAAUUUGUAGAUUUAAAAAAGUUAUCAAAAGAGAAAGCUUUGACAUCACAAAAUAGAAAGAGCAUUAAUAACAUCCAGAAGGGAGAAAUGUUGGAGACCUCUGCAAGUGUUGCUUUGGAUGCAACACAGUCAACUUUUUCACAGAGAAACAGUGAAAACACUCUAGAAGAAGGCCUUAUAGAGGAGGCUUUGAAAGAAGAGAGUUCAUUUCAGGCAUUAGAAAAUGGAACACUUGAAUCGGGUAGCAUUGAACCUCACCUUGUCACUGAAGAAGGACCUCCUAUGGAAACUUCAGGAAUUACAGAUUUAUCAAAUGAUAAUACCUCUGCUUUGGUUGAAGAAGUAUCUGCCCCUCAUGAAUUAUUAGGAGAGGGUGUGCAUAUUGGCCCAGCAAGUCUCAGGUUAAGACUUAAUGCAGAGCUUAUGUACCAAGAUACUUUGGGCAAAGCCUUAAAUGAAUUGCACAAUGUUGAGCAACUCAACAUACUUAAUCGAAGUCGACAAGAAGCGAUGGCUUUAUCUCAGUCCUUAGCUUUACAGCAACAAAAAGCAGAAUUAACUGCUCACAGGAAAACUGAAGAUGAAGUGAGAACUCAAGAAGAGGAAACAAAACGAAGAGAGGAUUAUGAGAGGCGACUGAAAGAAAAGUUGAAACAGCAAGAAGAGGCAUUGCAGAAAGUUGAAAAGACUGAAAGAGAAGCCAGGAGUCGUUUUGCAGAGUUAGAGAGAGAAGUUCGUGCAAGAGCUGAACAGAUGAUUGCUCAAGCUACAGAGAGAAUUCCUCAGCCAAGCAGUGCACAGUCGGAUGUCAUAGCAGCAGCAGCAGUUGCUGCAGUUGGGGCAACAAUAUCACAGUGGAAGCAACUAAGACCAGUGUCAGGUCAUAAGUCACAUGGUUCAGUCACACUGACAGAAGAAUCUGUUUCUCCUGAAUCUGCUUCAAAUCAAAAUGAUGCUUUCUCUUCCAAGUUAUUCAGUGAUGAACCUCAUCCAGAAAUUUACAGUGUCUCACCUUCCUCCAGGGGCAACCAAUCUGCUGGUGAUAAAACAUCAUCCUUAGUCUCUGAAAAAUUAGAUGAAAAUUUGCUAAAUAGCUCAGUAAUUGAGGAACAGUCUGCAAGCAGAAAUGGAGCUGAAUUAGAAAUUAACUCGACUCAGGAAUCUGUACCAGAAAGUAUUGCCAGCUUGGAAGGUUCUGUCCCCACAUUGAAUCAACAGAGGUCUGUAUGUGCAUCCUCCAUCAAUGAAUCCAUAUCACUAGGUGACAGAAAAUUUUCACCCAAAGGAAAUGAAUAUGUAAGCUCUAUAUCAGAAAAGAUAGACAGUGUGGCCAGCUCACAAACAAAGGUCAGUUCAGAUGAAGUGACGUCUGCUUCAAAUUUAGUACCCGAAGAUAUUUUGUAUUCCAAAACUUCAGGUACAGUGACUGAAGCCAUAUCAAAGACUGAUAUCUCCAGUGCCACUAAGAAUAAUGAAACGGAUAUUGCAAGUACUGUUAAGUCUCAUUUCCCAACACAGAAGAGCUCAGGUAUCAAAGACCACAAGAAACAACAGAUGAAGGAAUCUGUGGCUUCAAUAAAGAACCAUGGAUCUCCCCUCAUGAGUUUGGUUUCCAAGUCUAAAGAAAAAGAAAGAAAGAAAGAAGAAAGAGAUACAUCAGAUAUUUAUUCAGAAUCUUUUGAGGUUGACUCAGAGAAUGAAAAUUCAAAUACUUUGUCCUCCCAAUUUCAUGGGCGGACCCAAGGGGCAUAUGGGGGGGACCUGGCCCUUGUGGUGUCAUCUGGCAACAUCUUGAAUGAUAUGGGGUACAGAACUUCUGCUCAUGGUGUUGGAGGAGUGACUGCAUCAGUGCAUGGGGGAGGAGAGAGUGCUUUGGGAGUAACACUUAGUGUGGUAGAAUCAUUGCUCAAAGAAGAAGAGGUUCAUCAUCAACACCAGAAAGCCCUCUUGAAGCUUCAGGAACAGUCAUUAGUUGAGGAAGCAAGGUGGAAGCUGGCUACCCUACAGUCUGAAGGGGGACCAGGCAUACGGCGGCGCCAGCGAGUUAUUGUGUUGCAAUUACGGGAGCAAAAAGCAUACCUCAGGCGCCUCAGAGAAACACAAAAUAUUGGAGCACAGCAGAGAAAACUUAUGCUUAUGCAGCUUCAUCACCUUCUUGGGACAACUACAAAUCUACCAGGAUUCAACACAAAAAGUUAUUUAACUACACCUAGAGGACAGUCUCCUAAUCCUGGCUCUCCACGGUUAACUCCUAGAGUAAUGGAGAUGUAUAGCUCAUCCUCCAGUGAUGCUCCAGAGGAUAUGACUCUCAAUUUGCUCAUGAGGGGCCGAGAUUCUGACUCAACCAGCCCCUCAGAAAGUGGUGGUGGUCGUGAGAAAAGAAGAUCCCAUUCAGAAGAUAGACAGAAAAUUGUUUCUGGUAGACUUCAUGAAAAGAGACGGACAGCUGAAAUUGAGGCUUUACAGCAACAAUUAUUAUAUGAGGACAAGGAGAUUCUUCGUCUAAAGGCCAAGUCUUCAUAUGAUAUUCAUGACAAAGACUCUGUAAAGCCAAAAAGAAAGGGAGAUUUCAUAACCAAAAGAUCUCGAGAGAAAAAGGAAAAACAUUCUGGCUCAGUUUCUCCCCAUGCAUUCCUUAAACAGGGCAGCAGAACUUCAACAGACAGUUCAGUUCCACCUGAAAGUAUAGUUGCUACAAUUCACAACAGCCAAAGUUCUGUUCAUGAAGAAGUGAGCAGUGAAGUGAUAUCACACAGUGAUGUUACAUCAUCCGUGUCAGAGCAGGAGGGGCUAACAAACACAAGUCAUAGGACAGGGAAUUCCCAAUCCAAGGAGGGUAGUGGUUCAAAGAGGCCAUUGUCCUAUGCAGUAAGUGAGAGGAAAACAAGUGAGUCCCAUGGCUCCAAGACCAAGAUAACAUCCAGUGAAUCUGAGACCAUAAAAGAACAAUUUUCAGGUAAUGACUCAAAAAGCACUGGAAGAAGUAGCUCAAGUAAAACUGUUGCUGCUGAAGAUACCACUGAUUCAGGAGAAAAGAGACUUGACCAUGAUAAAAGUGAAAGAAACUCCAGAUCCUCUGAAAAGUCAAGUACUACUAAGUCAGAAGUGUCUGAAAAAUGUCCAGAGUCUCAAGAAUCAUCCAUAAGAACUAAAUUUGGCUCCACUGGAUCAGCCAAAUCUGGGUGUAUGAGUAACAAGUCAGACUCCCUGAUUCCUGAGGAUAUCACAGAUAAUUCUAAGACAAGAAUUACCUCUAAUUCUUCAUGGUGCAGCACUGAAACAAGGACAGACUCUGGGACAAAAUCUAGUGAUAUUAAGUCAGUAGAGGGCAAGUCAUGUAGUCAGAAGUCAUCCACAAGAGGGCUACCCUUACCCUUGAAGGUCCCUUUGUCUCCCAGAUCUCCACACAGGCAACACAGACGCUACUCCAGUGAAUCAGAUGACUCUUUUACUCUCUCUCAGACAGAAACAGCUUCUGAUAUGUCAGAUGGAGAGGGUAAGCUCCUUGCCCUCAAAGAGGAAUUAGCUGUUAGACGAGCUGAGGCUGAGCGCCUCAAGAAGGAGAAGAGAAGGCUACGUCGAGAACGUUUGGCUUCUCAGGAAAGAGCACUCAGGCAGCAGAUUUCAACCUAUGAUGCCUACAUACAACAUGCACGCAUGGAACUGGAGAAAGAAUCAAAAGAAUUGCAGCAAGCAUCUAUGGUCAGACCCCUUAUCAAGAAACCUCAAGUUGCAGAAACCAAGAAAUCAAGACUUUCGGAAUCCUUUGCUGCUAGUCCAGAAAAGUCUGAUCAUUCGGAUGUCUCUUUGGUCUCAGAGGGUUCAAAAUCAGAUCACUCAAGUGUCUCAAAGUCUCUGGAUACAAGCUUAAAGGAGAUGCAACAUGUCAAACCUCUUGAAAUAAUUAAAUCUCAAGAGUUGCAUCUUAAACACAUGGGAGUUGUUUCAGCAAAGGAGCAAAUAGCAUCCUCUGGUAUUAGUAAAGAAGUGGAGACCAAAGAGCCAUCUUCAUCCAGCAAUAAAGUAACAACAGAGACUGUAGAGUCACAAAGAGAGAAUGAAUCAGAAAAGACAUCUCUCACAUCAUCAAUUUCAGAAAGUUUAAAUGAAGAAUCAGUUUCGGAGCACACUGAAGAUGACGACUCCUCUAAAAAAUCCCUCUCUCAAGAUUCUAGUGUUGAAACUGACCCAACUCAAUCUCAAGCCUCCAGCACAGAGACAAUAGUUCAUAGUCCACAGAAGCUUGAAUCAUCACAAAAGGAUGAUGCUGCCAUCUCUAUGAAUGAAGUAAAUGCAGCACUGCUAGAAGUACUUAAAGACAAUUACAGAAAUGAACCUGCAAGUCUUAGGAAAGCUGAUAAUAAUGACUAUGAAAUCACAGAUGAAGGUGAGAAAAAGCUGGAAAUAUAUAUACCAACAUCUGAUUUAAAAUCUUCAGAGGCAGAAGACUUUGUGGAAGGGAAUACAAAUACAAGUGCAGAGCAAAGCAUAUGUGAGGAAGUACUUGAUGACUUUGAGGAAGCAGAGAGUGAAGGCUUCAGCCAAAAAACAGAAAGUUCCAAAGAUAAACUUCUCCCAGUGAUUACAAAUGUUGAACUUGAACCUCAUAAAAAAAAUGAUACUAGUUAUUUAUCUUCUCUCUCAGAAAAUAAGGAGCCUUCCUUAAAGACUGAAUCUACCACUGAAGUGGAAACAUCAACAAGCCACAUUCCAGAAGCAAAGGAGAUUCCCUCUGAAAAUGAAAGCAGGCGACUCCCCCCCACUCCUGACCGACAGAGGCUGGUUGAUGACAUUUCUAAUAACAUUCUUGCUGUUAUGAUGAAAGAAACCAACCAACUUUUUACUAAUAUUGUAAAAGAUAAGGUUGGUAUCUCUAAAUCAUCAGAAACUGCAAGUUUUGUUGAAGUUGCUCAGGAUUCCACAUCACCAGAAGUAAGUGGAAAACUUUCAGAACCUCAGAGGGAUGGUGUUCCACAAUGCCAACAUUCCUCCUCAUCAGUACCAGAAGAGGAUUCCACUGUUGCCAGACCAAUUUCCAGCAAUAAAUCAGAGAUUCUACAACGAGUGAAUGAAUUAAUUGGCGAGGGUGGAUCUGUAUCUCAACAUCUUUCUUCCAUCAAUUCUCCAAGAUCUGAAAAUGUGCAGCUGACUCCUCAAAUGACUUUUGACCUAAGUUCUGAGAGCUCUUCACCAGUAUCUCCAAUCACAGCUAAACCAUCCAAGGUGGAAAGAGAUAAAGAGGCAGAACAGUCUAAGAGUGAUUCUCCUGCUGAGGAAACAACUAUUCCCAGCCUCCCUGCUGCCCAUUCGAAACCCAACGAAGAAGAGGAACAUGACUCUCUCUCCCCAAGUCAUGAUAUUGUUAAAGCUGAAGAGUAUAAAUUAGAUACAGAGACCUUGACCGACCGGCUGUUGAAUCUGGCCUCGGUCCCAGAGCUGGAGCUGGAGGCACGGCUUGGUCAGCUGGCUGAGAACACAGAAUUUUCUGUUGAGGGGAUUGAGGGAAAUUGGUUUGAUGAUGAUUUUUGGAAAUUUUCUGAUAACAAAAAGAAGCAGCAACAAUUGAAAGCAGAAGAGGAGAGAAUUACUGCUGAGAUUGCUCGCCUGGAAGAGCUUCAACAUCUACAACAAAAGUACCCAGGCCUGAUAUUUCGGGAGGUCCCUGACAAACCACCACCCCCAUACACACCUCCACAAGUUAUCUCCCCACCCACCUCCUCACCAGUUACCUCACCUACUCCUGUCAGACCCCCAGCCUAUAGCAGCCCUCCUGCCAGUCCAGUUCUACCUGAAACAGAGCCCCUCAGUUCCACACACUCCUCCAGCAUCUCACAUCGCCUCAGUAAGGCAGACCAGCGGAGAUUGGCUGCUCAUGUAACUCAGGUCGUCCCCAUCACUGAGGACGAAGCCUUGCCCAUUAUUGAUAGUGCCCUUGACAUCCUUUAUGAAGCAUGGCACAAUAACAUUGAUCCUGGAGACAUGCCUCCACCACCUCACACCGUAAUGGCAAAUGUCUUUUCUCAAAGCAGCUUCGACGAGGGAAUGCAUGAGGAUGAGAGAACUAGCACCAGAGCAUUCCAUCUUCUGCUGUUUUGUUUGGCCCAAGAGCUGCUCAGUGUGCCUUACAAGAUGCAGAAUGCCUCCCUUCCCCCACCUUGGAUGAAGCAGGCACUGCCCCAGGGGCGCAUGUUGAGCAUGCUGCGCACAAAGUCACAUGCUGAGAGGUUCUCUCAUAUCCGGGAGCAAGUCAAGGUACUGUUUGGUUGGAAGCCACCACUGCAGAAGGAAUCCCUUAUGAUCCGUUGGGCACAGAAGCAUCGGGAUCUUGUGGAUCAGGUGUUGGUGAAGGAACUGCAGGCAGAGGAAGCCAGCUGGACUAACUAUGAUGAAGAUGAGGCAGCUGUCAAGACUAAAGUUGCCAAUGAAAUUUUUGAUGCUCUACUAUCAGAAACAGUUGCCUUGAUAUCAAGCAUCCUAGUCAGGAAGUUAGGAUACAUUGCUCACUAAAUUAUGCAUCCAAGCACUCUAAAAGUGUGUUCACUUGUCACAAAUAGGUAAUUACUGUACCAUAUACGUAGUGAAUGUAAAUGGAGCUCUGACCAUCAUUCACAAGGCUGCCAAGUAGAUUCACGAGUUGACUGGUGCCAGCUGCUCAUGGGCUCUACAUCUCCCUUCACAUCCACCACAUUUAAAAGACGUAGUGGUAACCUCAGUGCCAGAUGAUUUUCAAUUCUGUGGAUAUGUUAUUUGUGAUAUUUUAGCAAUAAUAACUAACCUGGAGUGAUGGUGUGAAAGUUUUGCUUAUAUAUCUUGGAAGUGUGAAAUAUGGAUGGAUUAUGUUAGAUAUAACUACUAAUUUUAAGUCAAACCCCCAUUUUAAACUGAAGAAAGUACAUAUUAAACAAAUUAAAGACAUGUUUGAACACAAGAAAUGCAGACUGAGUAGAUUUAAGGUUUUAUAUUUUUGUAUUUGUACAUGGUUUUGAAAAUUAAAUAUUUAUUUCUGGGAUGCAAU